AUGGCGUCUGCCAGAAGCGUCAUGCUCAUCGUCGGUGUCGAUACCUUCAGUAACUUCCUAUGCGGGAUGGUUGUAUUCUCCAUCUUGGGAGUCCUAGCUCACGAAGCCGGUCUUUCUAUUGAAGAAGUAGCAGAAUCAGGUCCCGGUCUAGUAUUCUUAGUGUAUCCGGAGGUCCUUGCCCGCAUGCCUCUUCCUCACUUGUGGGCCGUCAUUUUCUUUUUCAUGCUGUUCACCGUCGGUCUCGACAGUCAGUUUGCUACAGUUGAAGCGAUCAUCAGUGGGUUUGCUGAUAUGUACCCCAAAGUGAUCGGUAAAAGGAAGCAACAUGCUAUCGUCGUUGUCUUUAUACUAUUCUUUGUCACAAGUAUUGUAUUUGCAACACAGUUGGCCUUCGUUGCUGUGGCGUUGAAGUUUGAGCCGCCUAUUUACAAAGGAUAUUUGUAUCCAGAAUACCUCGAAAUUGUUGGCAUUUUCAUCGCUAUGAUGUGUGUAAUCCCGGUUCCUAUCAUCGCCAUCAAGCGACUCUUACAGACACCUGGUACACUCAAGGAGAAGAUCAUGACAUUAGUCGCUCCAUCGCGGAAAUGGGGUCCCAACGACGAUGGAGAAAGUCUAUCUUACAAGAUGUACAAAUACAAGGGUGGAAUUUGGCGGACAAUCCGGAUUAACCUGUGUGGAACUCGUAAUUAA